AUCUCUCUUCUGCUCACCUGUUUUUUCGAUGUUAUUUUAUUUUGCUUCGAUAUAGCUACUGUGUGAAUUUAAUAAUGUUUAUUUUUCAUUCUCCUUAUGUGUAAUUUCUACAUUGAUCACAGCGUAUAUAGCUUUUGUCGCAAUGAAAGUUGAUUUUAUGUAAUUUUUUAUUUAUGUGAUAAGUUUUGGGAAGAAUGUCUGAAAAUGAAAGUUCCAAACCAUUAUCGGGCCAAAGUUCUCCCGAAGAAAUGCUUUUGCAAGGUGCUCGCAGUGGUAAUUUGACAUUGAUUAAAGAAUUAACGAAUGCAGAGAAAGGCUGUACAACUCUUGAUAUUAAUUGCAAGGGCAAACAAAAAAGUAAUCAUGGAUGGACUCCUUUGCAUCUUGCUGCAUAUUUUGGACAUAGAGAAGUUGCAGAAUAUUUAAUUAAGAAUGGUGCAAAUGUGAAUGUAGUGAAUGAUGCAGGAGAUACUCCACUGCACAAAGCAGCUUAUACUGCAAGAGAAGAAAUGGUUCUCCUGCUAUUAUCCAGCAAUGCAGAUGUGUUUAUAAAGAAUGCAGAGGGUAAAACUGCUAAAGAUUUUGCAGAUGGAGAUAUUAAAAAGUUAAUAAAAGCUGUUGAAAAAGUAGACUUGCAAAAAAGAGAAGAAAAAUUUCUCAAUGCUGCAAGAGAAGGUGAUUUAGCCACAAUUAAAGAAUGUUUGCAGGGGACUCAUUCACCAAAUAUUAAUUGCACUGAUUUUCUUGGAAAUACGGCAUUACAUUGUGCUGCUUAUCGAGGUCAAAAAGAAGCUGCGGUAUUACUGUUGCAGAAUGGAAUCGAUUCAACAAUUAGAAAUACACAUGGUCAAUUAGCAAUUGAUUUAUCAAAAAAUGAAGGAAUGAGGCAACUUCUGAGUCUACAGCCAACAAGACAAAUGAAGAAAACUGCUUUAAGAUUUGAAGGAAUGUUAAUGAGAAAAAAUAGGUUUCUUGGCUGGAGAGCAGUUUGGACUGUUCUGGAAAGAGGAGUAUUGUCAUUUUUCUCAUCAAGGGCUGAUGCUUCAACUGGUACUAAAAGAAAGGGAUACAAAUAUCUUGAUGGAUGUAAAAUAGAGCAAAAUGAAAAUAAUAGUGCCAUUUUCACUUGCCAUUUCUCAGAUGGGACCAGUCAACAAUUCAGCGUUCCUUUUGUACAUUAUCAACAAAUUGACUGCCAAGUAAGUGAAAUUCAUAAAUCUGAAACUGCAUAUGGCAAGUUUGUAUAUCAUGGGAUCAAUUUGAGCCAAAGAUGUUUUGAAAUUAAAGAAAGCUUGUUUGAUUAUCUUAAUAAGCAGUUCUCAGAAGUUAAAUUUUACUGUUUAAUUUACCUGACUGCUCAAGCUCAACAACAAAUUUUUGAAAGACAAGCUGCUGCUUUAAGUAAUACUUGGCAAGAUAUUGCAAAAAAAUCUACAUCAAAUAAAUUAAUUUCAGUUUUGGAGGAACCUUCUUAUUUGUGUUUAUUUAAUCAGUUAAAACAAGCAGUAGACUCAUGCCGUAAAGUAUCACUUAGUCUUUCUCAAUGUUUAACAGUAUUAUUUCAACAAGAAGAGGUAAUAAUUUCUCAAUUAGAACGUCUUCCUGUUCCAAUGUUUUCUAGAAAUAACUUUAGUGUAUGGAGUGUUCUUAAACAGUGCAUUGGAAAAAUUAAAGAUGAAGAUACGAUUACAAAGAAUGAUGGAAGUGAAGAAAAUGAUGAUAAAACUAUUUCAGAAAGUGAUAUUUUUACAUCUUUUCCUUCUUCUAUUGCAUCAGUUGCUACUCUAACUGCCACAGGAACUUCUAAAUGGGGUAGAGAACGUCUUCCUGUUCCAAUGUUUUCUAGAAAUAACUUUAGUGUAUGGAGUGUUCUUAAACAGUGCAUUGGAAAAGAACUUUCGAAAAUCACGAUGCCAAUUGUUUUUAAUGAACCAUUAAGUUUUUUGCAACGCAUUUCAGAAAACAUGGAAUAUUCCCAUCUUCUUCAGAAAGCAAAUGAAAGUGAGGAUCCGGUAGAAAGAUUGGAAUAUGUCUCAGCAUUUGUUGUUUCUACAUUGGCUUGUAAUUGGGAAAGACUAGGAAAACCAUUCAAUCCAUUAUUAGGUGAAACAUAUGAAUUUUUUAAGGAAAAUAUUAAUUUAAAAAUGGUAUGUGAGCAAGUAAGUCACCAUCCUCCUAUCAGUGCAUAUCAUGCAGAAUCACCUCAUUUUACUAUGUAUGGCUCUGUUCAACCACAUUUAAAAUUCUGGGGGAAAUCAGUAGUAAUAAAUCCAGAGGGUACUGUUACAGUUGAGUUAUUGAGGAAAGAAGAAAUAUAUACUUGGACUGGUGUAGAUUGCUGUGUUCAUAACAUUAUUGUUGGAAAAAUGUGGCUUGAACAAUAUGGAAAUACAGAAAUUAUUUGUAAAAAGAGUGGUUUAAGUACUGUUCUUCAUUUUAAACCUUGCAACUGGCUUGGUCAAAAUGCACACACUGUUGAAGGCUAUAUUACAGACAAAAAAAAAAAUAAAUUGAGAAUGUUGUAUGGUAAAUGGCCAAAUUAUUUAAAAUCUACUAGCAUUGAAGCUUAUGAUGAAUUUAUGAAAAUAAAUAAGAAAUUUGUUCCACCAGAAUAUUCUCAUUAUAUUUCAAAAGAAUUAAAUUCUAAAAUAUGCAAUCCUUCUAACAAUCAAUCUGUGCAAUUUGAAGAUGAUUUGAAAAAAGAGAAAAACUUAAGAUGGUACCUUCUAAAGAAGUAUUAUAAUUUCACUUUGUUCGCAAUGGCAUUAAAUGAACUACAUGAUUCCAUGAAAAGUUUUCUUCCACCAACUGACAGUCGUUUACGUCCAGAUAUACAGUUAUUAGAGAAUGGUAAUGUGGAGAAAUUAGAUGAUCAUUGA